AUGUUUAAACGCAAAUCACGCGGUUCGAGUCUAAUUGCAAGAAAAACUCCAAGUCUGUCUUCGGAUAGGGAAACCCUAAGCGGCAUACAAAAAGCGCACGCCGAUUUCAUCUCAUUUUUGUACGCUAGCCAUGGAGAAUCGUACGACGAAUAUGUGGGGACGGCAGAGUCUACUGUCACCCUGCCAAGAGAAAAGGUGCUUAUUUAUCUUUAUAAGAGAGUUUUUAUUUAG